AUGCGUAAAGAAAAUGCUUCCAGCACCGGUAUGACCUGGCAUCGUAACAUGGUACAAGGUACUGUGAGAUUACCUCCAUCUAAUCCUUAUACUGACAGUGUUGUUGCUAAAGUUGAAAGUGGUGGGAGUGCGUGUGCUACUGGUGGCAGUGGUGGGAGUGCGUGUGCUACUGGUGGCAGUGGUGGGAGUGCGUGUGCUACUGGUGGUAGCAAUGGGACUGGGUGUGCUACUGGUGGCAGUGGUGAGAGUGCGUGUGCUACUGGUGGCAGUGGUGGGAGUGCGUGUGCUACUGGUGGCAGUGAUGGGAGUGGGUGUGCUACUGGUGGCAGUGGUGGGAGUUUGUGUGCUACUGGUGGCAGUGGUGGGAGUGCGUGUGCUACUGGUGGCAGUGAUGGGAGUGCGUGUGCUACUGGUGGCAGUGAUGGGAGUGCGUGUGCUACUGGUGGCAGUGGUGGGAGUUUGUGUGCUACUGGUGGCAGUGGUGGGAGUGCGUGUGCUACUGGUGGCAGUGGUGGGAGUGGGUGUGCUACUGGUGGCAGUGGUGGGAGUGGGUGUGCUACUGGUGGCAGUGAUGAGAGUGGGUGUGCUACUGGUGGUAGCAAUGGGACUGGGUGUGCUACUGGUGGCAGUGGUGGGAGUGGGUGUGCUACUGGUGGCAGUGGUGGGAGUGGGUGUGCUACUGGUGGCAGUGGUGGGAGUGGGUGUGCUACUGGUGGCAGCAGUGGGACUGGGUGUGGUACUGGUGGCAGCAGCGGGAGUGGGUGUGCUAUUGGUGGCAGCAGUGGGACUGGUGGUGGGAGUGGGUGUGCUACUGGUGGCAGCAGUGGGACUGGGUGUGGUACUGGUGGCAGCAGUGGGACUGGGUGUGUUACUGGUGGCAGCAGUGGGAGUGGGUGUGCUAUUGGUGGCAGCAGUGGGACUGGGUGUGGUACUGGUGGCAGCAGUGGGACUGGGUAUGGUACUGGUGGUAGCAGUGGGACUGGGUGUGGUACUGGUGGUGGUAGCAGUGGGACUGGGUGUAGUACUGGUGGCAACAGUGGACUGGGUGUAUUUAUGGUGGCAGCAGUGGGACUGGGUGUGGUACUUGUGAUAGCAGUGGGACUGGGUGUGGUACUGGUGGUAGCAGUGGGACUGGGUGUAGUACUGGUGGCAACAGUGGACUGGGUUUAUUUAUGGUGGCAGCAGUGGGACUGGGUGUGGUACUGGUGGCAGUGGUGGGAGUGGGUGUGGUACUGGUGGCAGUGGUGGGAGUGGGUGUGCUACUGGUGGCAGUGGUGGGAGUGGGUGUCCUACUGGUGGCAGCAGUGGGACUGGGUGUGCUACUGGUAG